UAAACAAAUAAAAAUAUCUAUGAACAAUGUAUUAUUUGCAUUUAAUUUUAACUAUAUUCUUAAUAAUUACAAACAAUUCUGCAACUACAAAUAAUCCUGAAAACGAGGAUAAAACACAAUGUACAUUGGAAACUAAAAGUGAUUGCCAGAGCACCGAAAACAUUCCAAAUGUAAACGACAGAUAUAUGAAAGAAAACAAUGUAAUAUUUCACAAUAUAAAUAAGGCUAAGAAAAAGUAUCGUCCAUGUGCCCCCAAAACUGAUGAUCUAAAUUGUGAGUGCCAUGUGGAAGUCAUUCGCAAAGACUUGGCAACUUUUAAGGACAAGGGUAUUACCAAACAAAUGAUGAAAGAAGCCGCAAAUUAUGGCACACGUUAUAAAAUCUAUAAACAUAAGUUAUAUAGAGAAUCCAAUUGUAUGUUCCCCUCAAGGUGUGAGGGCGUGGAACAUUUUAUAACAAAACUAUUACCUAAACUGCCGGACAUGGACUUUGUUAUAAAUACACGUGACUAUCCACAAGUACAUUCCAAAUUUGGAAAUCAAAUGCGACCAGUAUUUUCGUUUUCCAAAACAAACGAUUACUUGGACAUAAUGUAUCCAGCAUGGACUUUUUGGGCUGGUGGACCAGCGAUUUCAUUACAUCCUACUGGCAUAGGAAGAUGGGAUUUACAUAGAGAGAAAAUUAUCAAAGCUGCAGAGAAACAACAAUGGAAUUCCAAGGAAUCCAAAGGUUUUUUCAGAGGUUCCCGUACUUCAGAUGAAAGAGACUCGCUGGUUUUAUUAUCAAGGCGGAAACCUAACUUAGUAAAUGCUCAGUAUACUAAAAAUCAGGCUUGGAAAUCCGCAAAAGACACCUUAAAUGCGGAGCCUGCCAAGGAAGUUUCUUUUGAAGAACAUUGUCGUUAUAAAUACCUUUUUAAUUUUAGAGGAGUAGCGGCCAGUUUCCGUUUCAAGCAUUUGUUCCUCUGUAAAUCUUUGGUUUUCCAUGUUGGUGAUGAAUGGCUGGAAUUUUUCUAUCCCUCUAUGAAGCCUUGGAUACAUUAUGUACCCCUUCAGAAAUAUCCUACCGAAAAGGAUAUAGAAGAUAUACUCGAGUUUUUCGAAGAACAUGACGAUGUAGCUAGAGAGAUAGCUAAUAAUGGUUAUGAAUUUAUAAGAAAUCAUUUGAGAAUGCACGAUAUUGAAUGUUAUUGGAGAAAAUUAUUGAAAAAUUAUGCAAAAAUGUUGAAAUAUAAGAUUGAGGAGGACAAUAGUAUGAUAGAAAUUAAGGCAAAAUUUAAAAAGUGAAAUCAAUUUUUAUAUCAAUAUUCAUAUAUGUAUAUGUAAACGUAUUUAAUAGAGUCUGAUUUAAAAAUUGUUUUUUAUUAAAUGUUUGUAGAAAAAAAAUUAAAA